AUGGAAAGCAACAAAUUAAACUUUAACCCUUCGAAUAUGAACGAGUUUGAAGAUAAACUUGGUCUUUCUAGAGUUAGGAAAAGAAGGGAAAGCGCUGCAAUUUUUAAUGGAUUAAAUGAAGAUACUUGUAUAAAUUUAUUGAAUGAUCAUCUUGAAUUAUCUCGAGAAUUUGAAGAAGAGGAUAUUCGAUUGACAAAAGAAACCUCUACACCUGAAAAUCAUAUAGACAUUGAUACUCUCGCACAACAUAUGAAAAGAGACAUUGAAUUCUCGUGUUCCAACAAGGAUCCGAUUAUGUUUUUGUCACAAAAUGACAUUAUAAACGUGUCACAUAAUCAUUCAAUCUUUCCUUCGGAAUCUACGCGUGAAGAUGUCAUCAACACAGAUUCUUCCUUAGGCAUGGAUGGUGGAUAUCAACAAAAUGUGCGAGCUAUAAAUGAUACUACGACUAAUUACGAUACAAGUGAAGCAUAUAGAA